AUGGACUACACCCAAUACGCGGGCCAGCCUUUCCAGGUGAUCAGCAAGCUCCAAGUCCGUUACACUGGCAUCUUCCAGGACAUUGACCAGGACUCGCAAACGCUGUGCCUUUCUGAUGUCUUCAACCAUGGCACGGAGGACCGCCAAUCCGAGCGUGUCUUACCUGGAUCCAACGAGAGCCUGGGAUGGGUUCGCUUCCACACAAACUCCAUCCUCUCGCUGGCGCUUGUGGACAACUACGUCCCUCCCGUCUCGAACGCUCCUGUUGACCCCAUCCUGGCGUCAGUCAGCGGACCUCGGGGCAACCACCACACUUCCCCACCUCCCCGUGGGGUUGCUGGUCUGCCCCCGAAGCCUCACGCCUCUGCUACCUCGGCCAGCACAGCCAUGGACCGCGUUCAGAAGUCCUUGUCUGAACUGAACGUCGACGCGGGGCGCCCGCGCCGCAAGACUCAACCUCCUGCUGUUCCCGAUGCCGAGUUCGACUUUUCCAAGGGCAAUGAGCGCUUCCAGAAAGAGCGCCAGGCGCACAAGGCGCAGGAGGACCACAAGGAGGACAAGGGCCAAGAGGAAGAGGCGGCCGACCUAGGCGAGCCCGACAACAAGCCUCACCCCAGCGCCGUUGUUCAAUCACCAGAGGUUGUUUCCCAAGACUCGAGCGGCAAAGGCCCGGCCCGCAAGGUGCCCACAUACAACAAGGCGAGCUUCUUCGACAACAUCAGCUCUGACUCAUCGCGAGUGAGCCGCGCCGAAGAGCGCCACCGUAACCUCGACACGUUCGGUGAGGCCGGCGGUGAUGGUGCGCAGGCUUACCGCUACGGCCAGCAGGGUGGCCGUGGGGGCAUGCAAGGGCGUGGGCGCGGCCGCGGCGGUGGCAGUGGCCGCAGAGGUGGGUACCACAGCACGCCGUCGUGGGCGACGUAA